GACUCUCGCGUCGGUCAACUACGACUCCAUGUUUUUGGCUCAAGCCCCCUAUGAGAUGGACCGUCUUCCCUACACCUCUUCUUCCAUCCCUAGCUUGCCCAUGAUGCCGGACCCUCUCUUCACUCAGCUUGGAAUGGACGAGCUCGCUCCUACCGCCGCUCCCAUCUACCACGGCAGCCCUUCCGCGUUCAAAUAUCCUCAGGCACACGCCACCAUGUUCGGCCUGCCCUACAUAGCCGCUCGGCACUCUAGCACUGUCCCCCAACCGUUGGGCUUAUCCAGUGAUUUCAUGCCCGUUUUCAACACCAUGGGGAAUUCUUACGGCUCAUGCGGUCGCGAUGUGAGCUUUGGGUUCGACUAUGAAUCUUAUGGGCGCACGGAAGACGUUAUUGCGACCAAGGCUGACAAGAGGGAUUAGGUUUCAUGGUGUUGUCCCCAAUUACGACUUUCUCUUUCUACA